GGGAACGUACUAGUCGACAACGUGAGGGAAACCCUCAAGCCCAAUACCGUUUCUGUCGAGACCUGUCCCGAUAUGAUAACAGAAGAAAAGUAAAGGCAUAGGUAGCAUACUGGUAGUAGGUACACUAUGCUACUAGAUCUUCUCUCUUCGAGCGGUUCGCUACCGUUAGCGGCAACAGCCUGUAUCGGAGCCAUUCGCCGUCGCAGCAGCUCGGACGAUGACAACCCCAACAAGCCCGUCUCCGUCAACUUCUUCUUCAGCCGCAAGUGCAACAAAGAGUGCGGCUUCUGCUUCCACACGGAGAAGACGUCGUACGUGGCCUCCGAGGCCGACAUGCAGCGCGGGCUGCGGCUGCUGCGCGCGGCCGGCAUGCGCAAGAUCAACUUCGCCGGCGGCGAGCCCUUCCUGUACCCCGAGAAGCUGGCCAUGCUGUGCCGCUUCUGCAAGCAGGACCUCGGGCUGGAAAGCGUGAGCAUCAUCACGAACGGGACGAAGGUGACGCGGCGGUGGAUGGAGCAGCACGGGCGCUGGGUCGACGUGCUGGGGGUGAGCUGCGACAGCUUCGACGAGCGCACCAACGUCGCGAUAGGCCGCGGGACGGGCGAGAACGUCGCGCAGCUGUUCCGCAUCCGCGGGUGGUGCCGCGAGCUGGGGAUCAAGUUCAAGCUCAACACCGUCGUCUGCGCGCACAACUGGCGCGAGGACAUGGCCGACACCGUCGCGCGGCUCGACCCCUUCCGCUGGAAGGUCUUCCAGGUGCUGUACGUCGAGGGCGAGAACGACGCCGGCGAGACGGACGCGAGGUCCGACAGGCGGAAGAGGGACGCCAAGAAGCUGCUGAUCACCGACGAGCAGUACGAGAGCUUCUGCGAGAAGCACAGGCACCUGCCCUGCUGCAUCCCCGAGCCGAACUCCGUCAUGGCGGCGAGCUACCUGCUGCUGGACGAGUACCUGUGUUUCCUGGAUAAGGGGGGCGGGAGGAGCGGGGGCGUCAGGCAGUCGCGCUCGAUCCUGGAUGUGGGGGUCGAGGAGGCGAUGGGUGAGGUCCGCUGGGACCGCGAGGCGUUUGAGAAGAGAGGGGGUGUUUAUGAGUGGUCGAAGGAGGUGCUGGAUGAGAAGGAGGGGGGAGGAGGUUGUGGGACGGGGAAGGGGGGGUUGGAUUGGUGA